AUGUAUAGUAUUAAUGAAGUAAGGACAAGCAGUAACUGUAAAAGCUGUCUGAAAACGAAAACAAGUAUGAAUAGCAUAGUGAGUGAUACGCAAUGUAAUAAUGGUUUUAAUAACAUUGGUUGUAAAAGUAAUGUUAGUAGUAGUAGCAAAGGCAUAACCAAAUGCAAUGUUAAGGUUUUGAAAAGAUUCUUAAAUUACCAACGCAGUAACACAGCAGAUUCUUCAAGUUAUAACCGACUUAAUAAUUUAGGGGCAUGUUCGGGAGAAUUGAAGCAAGAAAAUUCUUACAGACAUUAUCCCACAUUUAAAGAUAAACAAACACUGUUUAAUAAUUGUAAAAGAAACGACUUUGAAAUUGGAAAAACUAUAGGAACAGGCUCCUACGCUACAGUCUGUAUAGCCAAGUACACGCCGAAUAAUCGCUACUUUGAGCUGACAAGAUAUCUGUAUCCGAAUUUUAGGGAAAGGGGAAGCGUGGACUCUGCUUACACAGCUUAUUCAGGACUAAGUUCUGGACAAGAAUACUAUAAUAACCAAGUACAUGAUACGGAAACCAAAGAAAAGAUCGUUUCAUUGAAGAUAUUGAGCAAAGAUAAAAUUAUUGAGAAAAGACAACUGGAGCACGUGAAAAACGAAAAAAAUAUCUUGAGCUCGCUCAAACAUCCAUUCAUAGUAGAAUACCUCGGCAGCUUCCAGGACCCAUUAAACCUAUAUUUCGUGCUUGAAUUCGUUCCAGGUGGAGAACUUUUUACGUACCUAAGAAGGAUGCGCAACUUUCCACUGGAAUACACACGCUUCUAUUCGUCACAAGUGCUACUUGCACUUGACUACUUGCACAUGAAUAAGCUGGUAUACCGGGACUUGAAGCCUGAGAACAUUCUUCUAGACGUUAUGGGCUACAUUCGAAUUGUUGAUUUCGGAUUUGCAAAGAGACUUGAUAAAGGCAGAACAUAUACAGUGUGUGGAACAUGCGAUUAUUUGGCUCCAGAGAUUUUCCUAAAGAAGGGUCAUGAUUUUAUGGCCGAUUUCUACUCAUUCGGGGUCUUUCUGUACGAACUCCUGAUUGGAAUUCCCCCUUUCUAUGCAAAUACGCCUCAAAAAACAUAUAAACUGGCGCUGAAUAAUGAAGUCAAGUUUAGUAGAAAGAUCAGUGAACCUAGUCGAGAUAUCAUAAGGAAAUUGCUGCAGGUCGAACCCUCUAAAAGGCUAGGGAACGACGUCAGGGAAGUUUACUUCCACCCCUUCUUCGAGGGAAUCGACUUCAACAUGCUGUUGGCAAAGCGGAUAAAGGCGCCGAUCGUACCGACCGUCAGCGGGCAGGACGACGUGAGUAAUUUUAUAAAGUACCCAGAGUCUUGGGACCAGUACAAAAAUGAAGUUACGAAGGAGCAACAGCAACUUUUCCAGUUUUUUUAA